AUGGAUUGGGCUGAUCUCGAGCCCAUCCUGCGCCGCCAUUACGCCCCCACCGUGCCGAUCCUCAUCCGCAGGUAUGACUUCUACCGCCGGGACCAACGCGAAGGCGAGUCCAUCAGCGAUUUUGUGGCCCAGCUGCGGAACAUGGGCGGACCGUCCGAGGCCACCCGCCAGUCCGCAGCCCGGAUGAGACAAACCAACGCGCCGGAACGGCCACCCACCGAUGAGGCAUCCCCAGCCGCCGCGAAGCCCCGAGACACCAGCCAGCGGGAAACGACCGCACACCAUGGCGACCUCGAAUCCCCGCCAGACACCGAGGAUGAGGACGAAGAGAUCCAUCGGUUGCAGACCGAACGUGAUCGCCGAGACCACCGGAGUCGUAAGUCGGGGUUCCGGUGCGCCGGCGAGGCACAGCGGCGCGAAGAAACCCAUCAGACGAUCGUCAUCGGCCACUCAUCAACCACCGACGCCCGGAAGGUGCACGUGGCCCUGAGCAUCGAGGACAAGCCCUGCGAGAUGGAGGUGGACUCCGGGUCCUUCCUCUCAAUGGUAUCAUGGCGCACAAUCAAGCGCCUGGUCCCGACCAUCCGCCGCAACGAGCUGGACGACCAGAAGCUAAUCCUGAAAGACUAUCAGGGAAAUCGCAUCCCUGUAGUUGGCAUCGGGCACUUCAAGGUAACAUUCAAGAACCACACUGACAUCCUGCCGCUCACGAUAGUGGACCGGGACCGCCCCAGCCUGCUCGGCCUACAAUGGUUUGCCCCGCUCGGCAUCGAAGUAACCGGCAUCCACCGCACGGACACGACCGACUGGGAAGCGACCCUCGUGAGGGACUUCCAGGAAGUCUUCGACAACUCGCUAGGCAAGUACCGUGGGCCCCCUAUAUCGUUCAACCUUAACCCCAACGUCGCGCCCAUCCGCCUUAAGCCCCGGCGAGUGCCUUUUGCGCUCAAACCAAAAAUUGACGAGCAACUAGACAAGCUCGUCGCGCAGGGGGUGCUUGAACCCAUCGACCAUGCCCGUUGGGAGACGCCCAUAGUCACCCCCAUCAAGCCCGACGGCUCUAUUAGAAUAUGCGGGGACUAUAAGGCCACCCUUAAUCACGCGCUACAACAAAGCGCCUACCCCGUCCCAGUGGUGCAGCACCUCCUGCAUUCACUGGGGGGAGGCCGGGUCUUCGCAAAACUCGACUUGGCACAAGCCUACCAGCAACUGCCGGUCGACGCGGAGACCGCAGAAGCGCAAACGAUUGUCACACACCGGGGGGCUUUUCGCUGCAACCGACUCCAGUUCGGAGUCAGCGUCGCCCCGGGGAUCUUCCAAAGCCUCAUGGAGAGGCUCCUCCAGGGCAUCAAAGGGGUGGUUCCAUACUUUGACGACGUGCUGAUCGCAGCCGCCGACAGAGAACAAUUGGAGAUCCGUUUAAGGGCGGUACUUAACAAAUUCCAAAACGCCGGCCUUAAAGUCAAAAGGGACAAAUGCCAACUACACACCGAGAGGGUCGAAUUCCUGGGCUACCUUCUGGACCGGCACGGAAUACACCCGACCGGGAAGAAACUUAGGGCCAUCAAGGAAGCCCCCACACCAACCAACAAGGCGGAGCUUCAAGCAUUUCUGGGGUUACUUAACUUUUACAAUGUUUUCCUACCCCAGAAGGCGACCGUGGCGGAACCCCUACACCGGCUACUCGAUAAGGCGGCCACCUGGACCUGGGGAAAGCGGGAAGAGACUGCGUUCCAGCGAACCAAGGACUUACUAACAUCAGACGCGGUUUUAAUUCAAUACAGCGAAACCCUCCCGCUUUCAGUGACAUGCGACGCCUCACCCUUCGGUAUAGGAGCAGUCCUCAGCCACACCCUACCUGACGGGACGGAAGCACCCAUCGCUUUCUUCUCCCGGACACUAGCAAAACCGGAAAGAAACUACAGUCAGCUAGACAAAGAGGCCCUCGCCAUCGUCGCUGGAAUUAAAAGAUUCCACGAAUACCUUUACGGCAGGAACUUCUCAAUCAUAACGGACCACAAGCCCCUGCUCGGAAUACUCGCAGGGAACAAGGCCACCCCAAACAUCCUAUCGCCCCGGAUGACAAGGUGGUCCGAAUUCCUUGCAGCAUACUCCUACGAACUCUCACACCGACCCGGUAAGGCAAUCCUACACGCGGACGCACUAAGCCGGGCACCACUACCGGACGUAGAUGACGACCCAGCACCCACAACGACGACUCUGCAGAUCGAGACCAUGCCAUGCCCGCUCUUAACCGCGCCAGACAUUGCCCAUGAAACAAAUAAAGACAAACGGCUGGCGCGGAUACUGAGCUGGGUAGAGCGGGGAUGGCCAGAAGAUGAAGGCAACGAAUAUUUUAAACCCUUCAGAAACCGCCAAACUGAGCUGUUCUCACAAAAGGGCUGCAUUCUCUGGGGUGACCGGGUAGUCAUACCGGAAGCACUGCGAGACAGAGUGUUGACAUUGCUGCACGAGGGACACCCGGGGAUCGUCAAGAUGAAAGCCCUGGCCAGGAGCUACGCUUGGUGGCCAGGGAUGGACAAACAAAUAGAAAAUGCCGUCUACGCAAAAAACUUCACGGGAGACCCUCUCUGGGUGCCCGCACAAAUAACGCAGGUAACGGGACCCCGAUCAUACAGGCUACAAACUACAGACGGAAGAAGCUGGAAGCGGCACAUCGACCAGCUACG